AACCCUUCCCACUUUUCCACAAACGGCGGGGGAGAGGGAGAGAGAGAGGGAGCAGUGACAGGAGGAGCAGGACACACACAAAGUUGGACCCCUCAUUGAUUAGUUUGGUAUCAGUGAUCGAUCAAAGUGGGCUGAUCACCGCAGUUGUUGGAGCAUGCUGGUCGCGUCUAUCUUCAGGCUCUAUGUGCUGUGGGCCUUUGUGGGGGUUGCGACCUCCGUGACCAAGCCCGCCAAGAGGAAGCCAACCACGGUGAGAGCCAUUAUCCACAAAUGGCCAAAACAUGGAACAGUGGUGAACCUUCCCUGGACUGGCCAGCCGACCAAAAUGACCCCAAGAGCGCAGCGACGACUCAUCCGAGAGGUCACAAAAGACCCCACAACAACAUCCAAAGAACUGCAGGCCUCACUUGCCUCAGUUAAGGUGGUGGGUCGGAGGUCAAGACAGGUGAUUGAGGCAGAUCCUGUGGAGGGGGUGUGGUCAGUCUGGGGGGAGUGGUCAGAGUGCACCCAGACAUGCGGGGUGGGCGUCUCACAAAGAACCAGGAAGUGUCUUCCACCUCCACAAAACUCCCCCAUCUCCUUCCCACAGCCCAGCUGGGCCGGGUACCUACCUGGAGGCAUGGGCGGGUCCUCCAUGCACCCCUACCACCCUUCCCACCAACACAUGCCUCAUCACUCCCCGCCUAGUCAUCACAACCAGGGGGUGUCGCUUUAUCGGAAUACCCCAACAACAGGAGGUGGAGGGGCUCCACUUGCAGCGGGACAGAGCAAUCCGUCCUCACCUUUCCAUCCAGCAGACUACCCGGCAUCCAAUCAGAACCGUGUGUCCGUGUACCGAUCCCCUUACCACGCUCCCUCGCGUGGCAACAGCCCGCAGACACGCACCAUCAGGAGGCCCACCAAUCCAGCAGCGAUGAGGGGAGGAGGAGGAGGCAGCAGAAGGUCCACCAGCCGGGAGGGCCUGCCUGUGAGGAGGUCUUCAUCCAUCCACCCAGGCCAGUUUGGGUAUGGUAAGGUGCCCUUCUCUCUGCCGUUGCACCGGCCCAGUCGACAGGCUCGACACACUGUCAACAGCACGGACGCCAUUUUGGCUUCAGCUGCACCUGAACUUGACGACGACAAGACCUUUAAGGGGGCGGAGGAGGUGGAUGACGAUGAGCCUGCAACCACUACCACCGCAGCCGCCACUACAGCAAAGCCACACUCACACAGGAGGACCAGAUUCCCGGCUCCUCCCCACUUCCCGCCUCUCUCCUCCUCAACCAGUUUUCGCCGCGCGUUUGAUUGGCGCUCCGCUGCCGCUUUCCCCUACUCCCCCUCUCGGUACCAGCUCUCACACAGGGAGAGGGCACCUCAGCCGGGCUUCGGUCACCAGCCCCCGCAACCUGCCAAUGUGUACCCACUCCAGGACCCCCACGGAGGACAUCAUGGGGGGGACACGCGUGCCACUGGAGGAGCGAGGACACCACCACCAGACUUCAGAUGCCCUGGGCCAGAGAAGGAAUAUCGCAGGUGCUUCUCACAGGUGUGCACCGGAGCUACGACGGACUCCAGAGCGGAGCAGUGCGCCGCCUUCAACACCAAGGAGUUCAUGGAUCGCCUCUACAACUGGGAACCUUUCAUUGAGGUGGGUCCAGACAAGCAGUGCGAGCUGACCUGCAGACCAGCAGGCUAUCGCUUCUACGUGCGUCAGGCCGAGCGAGCGCGAGACGGGACCCCUUGCUUCAACGUCACCUCCAAUGACGUGUGCGUGGAAGGGCGAUGUCUGACGGAGGGCUGCGACGGUACUCUGGGCUCCGGCUCAGUGAUUGACAAAUGUGGAGUUUGCGGUGGGCGGGACUCCUCCUGUCAGAAGGUGACGGGCAGCUUCCAAAAUGUCACGGUUCCCCUUGGUUACCACAAGAUCUUGGACAUCCCGGCCGGGGCCACCUUCAUUAACAUCACAGAGAGACGAGCCAGCCCCAACUACCUGGCCAUGAGGAGUGGAACUGGGGCUUCUGUGGUCAACGGGCGUUGGGCUGUAGACCCUCCAGGGGAAUACCAAGCCGGGGGGACCACCUUCACAUACGCCCGACCUAGAGCGCAGACAGAGGGGGAGGAAGAGAAAGGAGAGUCCCUCAGGGCCCCCGGACCCACCAGCACUCAGCUCCAGCUCUAUAUCAUUUUCCACCAGCAGAACCCCGGCAUAGACUAUGAGUUCUACAUCCCUGUGGAGAAGAAGGAGCCAGAGAGGCCGCCGGACCGGGAGACACCCAGGGAGGCUCCCAGGGAGACUCAGUGGGAGCGGGCGCCAGCGAGGGCACCCCUUCGCAGUCCCCUCACGGUGUCAAUAGAAGAUCCUCCUCCUGCUCCUCCUCCGGUUUCCAUCCCUUCUUUCCCAUCCUCCUCAGUAUUUGCACCCCCCUUGGCUGAACAAUGGACUCCUGAGAGGUCACGACCCCGGGCCUCUGCGCCCAACAGGAACGCUCGGAUCCCGCCUCGCACGGACCUGCCGCUGGACACGCAGCCGCCGUUCGUGUGGAGGAGAGGCGCUCUCUCCGAGUGUUCGGUUUCCUGUGGCAAAGGGUAUCAAUAUCGGGAGAUUUUAUGCAUCAACCGCCAUACAGACGAGGAAGUCCCAGACAGGAAAUGUGACUCCGCAGCUAAGCCCGUCCCAGAGGAGGAGCCUUGCAACACACACGCCUGUCCGCCAUUCUGGGAGGCCAGCUCCUGGUCAGAGUGCAGCGUGUCCUGCGGCCCCGGCAUGCAGCAGCGUCAGCUCCAAUGCAGACAGAGUUUUGGGAACCGCUCCACCAUGGUUCACCCCCAGCGGUGUGCCAACCUGACCCCGCCAGAGUCCACACAAGCCUGCCAGCUCCAGCUGUGCUCCCACUGGGAGGUCAGCUCUGACUGGAGCACGUGUUCAGUGGACUGCGGGGUGGGCAAGAGGACAAGGAGUGUGCGUUGCGUCAGCGAUCAAGGCAACGUGGUGAACGAUAAAGAAUGCAACUCCAGAAUGCGGCCGAUGGGGAGCGAGGAGUGCAACAUGGGUCCCUGUGUGACCAACUGGUACUCGUCUGCCUGGUCCGGCACGUGCUCAGCACAAUGCGGCCCAGGCGUGCAGAAGCGGGAGGUGGUGUGUCUGACACGUGGAGGCCUCCGAGAGGGGGAGGUAGGUGGGGACUGCAUCGGGGACAAACCGGCUGAGAUGAAGGCUUGCAACGGGGGUCCCUGUGAGUCCAUCAUCAUGUGGUACAGCAGUCCAUGGACACAGUGCAACGUUGAUUGUGGAAACGGAACUCAGCGACGAGACGUCAUUUGCGUCCAAAAGAACGGGAACGACUUUACAGUGGUACCGUCUGCCGAAUGUGUGCAAAUGGAUAAACCCUCGGCCGUGCAGGAGUGUGAGAUGGGAGAGUGUCAGGCCCAGUGGUUCACUACGGAGUGGAGCGCGUGCUCGCGCUCGUGUGGAAAGGGUCUACAGAUGAGGGAGGUCCGCUGUCUGACACCAGACAAGAAGCACAGCCAGAACUGUGACGCCAGCAUCAAACCUGAACAAGAACAAAUGUGCAACACCAUACCCUGCAGUCCACAGGUUACAGAUGAAAACUGCAAGGACAGACGGCACAACUGCGUGAUGGUGGUCCAGGCCCGACUGUGCGUCUACUCCUACUAUAAGACAGCGUGCUGCGCCUCGUGCACACACAGCGCCCAGCGUGCGAAGAGACACUGACGGGCCAGUCGCAGGCAGCCCCUGGUGGUUUGCCAUGAAGAACGUAGCCUGGAGUUACUGCUCUCUAGACGUGGACAGAGUAGAGCACCUAUCUAGCAGUUAGUCCUUCUUUUUCAAUUAACAACACUGUGAAAGCAGUCACAUUUUAGAGCCACAUGCUCCACUCCGCUUUCCUUACUAUAGCGUGUCAGGCAGGACCCAACGUUGCUCGCAGGCUUCGUUUAAAAGAUGGUGCUCGCCGCUUUUGAAAGAUUCCUCCUUAACUUCCAGGAUCUUCAACAGAGAGCCAUGUGUUGCCUACCACUCGCUCAGAAAAGAAGCAUAAUGUAGGACAGGAUCUCCAGUAGCGUAUGUGUUUCUAUACCUCCCAUUCAGCCAUAUUGGCUAUACGGUCGACCAGACUCGAAGGAUUCACUGUUCAUGUCUUGUUUGCUUGCCAAAAAAUACUCCCUUGAUGUACCAUUGCAGUUUUAAAAAAAGAUAAACCAAAAGAAUGGGGUGAGCGUGGAAGGAAGUGACCAAAUAUGGGCAUAAGGAAGUAGCUGCUAAACACAGCUAAUGGGAUGAGGUGCCAUUACAUCAUAUGAAUAUUCCAAAAUCAAAGCUCACUCAUUCCCAUUGAAUUAGCUUCAAGUCCUGUCAUGAUUCAUCAAGUUUGCUUAAAUAUGUUAUAUGUUGUUUGUAAUUAUGUUCUACAAUGUUCGAUUUUUGAAAGCGAAUGAUAAAUGAGCAAAAACGACAUUUAUAGUUCAUGGCGCCAGCCAUGACAAACUAGCCCGCAGCUCGGCCUCAUUUCCAGAAGUGCUGUCGCCGGGGCGACACCUCUCACUAAAGCAGAGUAAACAAAUGCUUCGAGGUAGCGUGUGGACUUGGUUCAGAAUAUUUUUCACCAAAAUAGUCAUGCCAAAAAUGUCGUGUUGCUGCUGGAUGUUCACAGUAUCCCAGUGAUACUGUAAGUUUGUUUUUUUUCCCCAAAAGAGGAAGGCUUAAGACUACAAUGGACGAAGCAAAUGCAGCAGAGAACGAGAGACAGAUGGACGCCCACCUCGAGCUCUGUGCUUUGCAGUGAUCAUUUCACUCACGACUGCUUCGAAGGAACACCUUUACAAGAAGCAUUUAGCUUGAAAGUACGGUAUAAACGCAUUUUGAAAAAGCAUGCCAGUACACGGGGGAAAAAAACAAGACCACUGCGACAAAUUUGGCACAGGAGAGGAAGUUAUGUCUUGCUUACAUAAUGUCUUCUAAACACAAUGUCAUGAUAGCGACAAGGCUGCAAAGCAUUGCACAUGUCAUAUAAACAUCAUUUCACAGCAAUAUGUCUAAUGUGGGGGACAACGGCGGCGAUGGCCAACAUUCAUCCUCUACAUGCGACCACAUGUACGUUAAAACAGGCUAUAAAAACCCUUUACGCCCAUUAAGAAGGCUACCAAUCUUCAUCUCCAUGUCUUAAGUCCAUGUUGUGCAAGUUCUGCUUCAAAAUUUUCCCCUUCUUUUUUCCUCAAACUAUUGACACAUCACUCAAAUCUUCGCUCUAAUCACUGCAAACAUCCUCUGUCACGUACACCGCCAUGUUUGUUUACCUGAGCGAUAGUACUCCAAUGACGUCGCUUCCGGAAAUGAGGCUGAACUGCGAGAGCUAGCUCGUCAUGGCUGUCGCCAUCAACUAUGAAUGUCGUUUUUGUGAAUUGUCUGUUUGCUUUCAAAAAUAGAACAAUGUAGAACAUCAUUCCAAACAAUACACAGUAUAACAUAUUUAAGCUAAGUUGAUGAAUCAUUUCAGGGACGCUUUAAAUCACAUCUGACAACUUUCAUUUAGGAGAACAUUAUUCCAGCAAGUCUAAUUACUGUCUUACUCUCCAAGUUAACAACAUGUUCAUUAUCACAAAGGGGGGGAAGCCUGUUUUCUGACAGUUCUUUUUGGGACAGUAUGAUAAAAAGUAGCAUUUGCUACUUAAUUGCAGCUCUUAAUUGACCCGACAACACUGCUAGACGUACAGUGCUGUGGAAAAGUGUUUGUUCCCUUCCUGAUUCCUUAUUUUUUUUGCAUGUUUGUCACACUUGAAUGUUUCAGAUCAUCAAACAAAUGUAAAUAUUAGUCAAUGACAACACAACUCAACCCCCCCACCCCCCCACCCUAAAACAUAAUUUAACUGAGAUGAAUUGAGAUCUAUCAGUGUGGAAAAGGUUAUAAAGCCAUUUGUAAAGCUUUGGGACUCCAGCCAACUACAAUGAGAGCCAUUAUCCACAAAUGACCAAAGCAUGUAACAGUGGUGAUCCGUCCGGCCAACCAAAAUGACCCCAAGAGCGCAGCCACGACUCCUCCGAGAGGUCACAAAAGACCCCACAACAACAUCCAAAGAACUGCAGGCCUCACUUGCCUCAGUUAAGGUCAGUGUUCAUGUCUCCACCAUAAGAAAGACACUGGGCAAAAACGGCCUGCAUGGCAGAGUUCCAAGACCAAAACCACUGCUGAACAAAAACAACAUUAAGGCUCAUCUCAAUUUUGCCAGAAAAUUUGGGAAAAUACUCUGUGGUCUGACGAGACAAAAGUUGACCUUUUUGGAAGGUGUGUGUCCCAUUACAUCUGGCGUAAAAGUAACACCACAUUUCAGAAAAAGAACAUCAUAGCAACAGUAAAAUAUGGUGGUGGUAGUGUGAUGGCCUUCAGGACCUGGAAGACUUGCUGUGAUAAAUGGAAGCAUGAAUUGUGCUGAAGGAGAAUGUCCGGCCAUCUGUUGGUGACCUCAAGCUGAAAGCAACUUGGGUUCUGCAGCAGGACAAUGAUCCAAAACACACCAGCAAGUCCACCUCUGAAUGGCUGAAGACUUUGGAGUGGUCUAGUCCAAGUCCUGACCUGAAUCCUAUUGAGAUGCUGUGGCAUGACCUUAAAAAGGAAAAGCCUCCAAUGUGGCUGAAUGACAACAAUUCAGCAAAAUUCCUCCCCAGCGCUGGAAGAGACUCAUUGCAAGUUAUCACAAACACUUGAUUGCAGUUGUUGCUGCUAAGGGGGGCCCAACCACUUAUUAGCUUUGGGGGGAAAUCACUUUUUCACACAGGGACAUGUAGCUUUGGAUUUAUUCUGCCUUAAUAAUAAAAAGUUUCAUUUAAAAAGUGCAUUUUGUGUUGAGUUGUGUUGUCAUUGACUAAUAUUUACAUUUGUUUGAUGAUCUGAAACAUUCAAGUGUGACAAACAUGCAAAAAAAGAACCAAUCAGGAAGGGGCAAACACUUUUUCACACCAGUAUAUGUUUUAAGAAAACAAUCAUCCCCGGCCUGAGAGGAGACGAUGAAUGUGUACUUUGGCAUUAAUGAAGCCACAAUCUGGCAACCAAUUUACCCGUCAGUCCAAGUGGAUCAAAUAUUCAGCAUGAACAAACCUGUGUGUAUAUACUGUACGUGUGUGUGUGUGUGUGUGUGUGUGUGUGUGUGUGUGUGUGUGUGUGAGCACGAGCUCAUCUUUGUCUUUUUGUACAUUUCACACAACACAAAAAUCAGCCCCCACACACACACACACACACACACACACACACACACUCGGGGAGGGAUGUGUAUAUUUGUCAAAUAUUCUCUGAAUGUGUAUAAUAAGAUGUUGUGAACAUAGCAGGUGCUUCUAUUUUUUAGAAGACUGAAGUUAUUCCCGCCUAUAUCACUUUAAAGAGAAUCCCGUAUUGUACUGAGUUUUAUAACUCAGUCAGUCGUAGUAACAUUUUAUAUAUGAAAAAAACCAAGUAAUUUUUCAGUAUGGAAAGAACCUAUAAUUUAUUUUUGUCCUGUCUCACCACCGGCGUUUAUGAGAUUAUCAUUGUUAGAAAUGCACACCUUUUUCCCCACAUCUUAGUGGCAGCAGAAAUACAAAACCGUGUGAAAUAAACUCAAUAAAAGUGAAACGACACAUGAAUGAGUUCAUUGUGUCCACAAAGCAAGGGUGUCAUUGCCAUUCUCUCCAUUAGGCGGCGCCAUUGAGUCAUUGAAUGUGCUUUGGGAAGUGAUCCCGGUGAUGAAUGUACACUUUUUUUUUUGUACCAAACGUCUUCUCGGAAGGAUGUUUCCUUCCAAAAUGUCAUGUUUGGCGCACAUACUGCAGACAAAUGCCAUCAGGGCCACACCUAAAAGAAAAA